CGAUAGAGAGGGCAAUCAGAAAUAUCAUAGAAGUUCCCUUCAUGAACAAGGCAACCCAUUUCAUUCACCGCCUCCCUCUGGACCUAUUAGCUGAAGUAUUCGUCCAUUGGGCUGUUGUGGAUAAAGACGGCCCAUGGAUAGCUUCUCUGGUCUGCCGCCUAUGGAGGAGUGUAAUACUCUCAUGCCCUAGAGCUUGGAGUACCAUCCAGCUUGAUCUCGAAGAUAGGAGACGUGUAGGGCCACUAGACGACGACCCCGAGUGGUGCAUGGAGGUAGAAGAAUACGAUCCCCGUGGCAAACGCCGCCCAAUUCCCCUCUGGCUGGAACGAUCUGGCAGCGCCCCGCUCUUCCUGUCUCUCACUCUCGGUCGCAUAUACCCCCCGAUGACGCUCGUUAUGGAUGUAAUAGUGCGAUUCGCCACCGUUAUGGAUCGAGUGGAAGAAAUCGAAUUAGGGUUGGAGUCGAGAAUAUUGGCCGACGCACUACUCGACAUAUUCUACGAUUCAGCUCCUGCGCUAAGACAUCUGACAGUGAAGUGUGGGAGACUGUUCCAGCACGGAAUCUGCGCAGGAUGGCGACUGGAAGAAGACGAGAUUCUGAAGUCUCUUCCGAAAGCUAUCAAGAGGGCCCCGGCACUGCAUUCCCUGACCCUCUUCGAUUGCAUGUCGCCCCCUGGGGACGGCGCAUAUGUGCGACUUCGCGAGCUGUCUUUGGUGCACGUAAACUGCUCAUCUUCGCGGUUCUUAUCAUUCGUUCGUGAUUGCGAAUCUCUCGAAGUCUUGCGAUUGUCCUCAUGCUCGUUUGAUUGUUCCACAUCCACGUAUGCCGUCCUCGCUAGUCUGAAAACGUUCGAAAUUCGAAACGGUGGUUCCGAUGGCCUGGACUACCUGUCGACACUCCUUCAUGCGCCGAAACUCGAGACCUUCGUUAUGAGAGAUAGGGCCUAUCGCUCUUCUAUCCUAGAUUCAGAAGACGUAGAUGAGAAGAUCCAGAACAUAGUCAAAGCUGUCAAGGAUGACGCGAAGACCCGUGGUCGCUUGCUAGUGCAGUUUGCCAGACAUGCACCGUGCGUUAAGUCACUCAUUCUGCAGAAUGCCAAUAUCCCAGACAGUGCACUGCUCGCGUGCCUAGGCGAAUUCCCGGAUCUCCGGUCGCUGACGCUUAUCGGGUCCUUCAUCGGUGGAAAGGCAUUUCAGGUCCUCUCAGAACGCCCAGCGCGUGGUGAAGUCCCCGUUUGUCAACACUUGAAGACGUUAACUCUCCAAGCCUGCCCCGUGGUGAAGGGCUCGAUGAUUAAGCAAUUCAUCGAAGCAAGGGAAUUCUUUCAGUAUGAUUGCCGCCUCGCCCAGGUGAACAUUCAUAAGUGCGAGAAGAUAACAGAAGAGGACGUCAUCGCCGCCUGGAUCUGCGACCCUUCGGGGUCAUUGCGGAUUGACUACGUCCCCUGGGUGGCAGAAAUCGCUGAAGAAGAAUGGAAGGACGCGGCGGCGGAAGCUCAGCAUGCAACUGCCGAGGACGAGUACAUCGAAGAUAUCGAAGAAGUGUUCGAAGAUAGAGAGUUUUGCGGUUUAAAGGACCGGCUUUUGGGGGAGGAACAGUCCAAGCCUAGAAAGAGGAUCAAAAUAGCCCACAUCUAUCGUGACCAGGAUGUGGCUCCAGCUGUGGAGAGUCUAGGUGGGACGGCCCUGGUUAUCCACGAUAUGUUUUGGCCGGGUCGCAGCCGAUAA